AUGGCUAAGAUGGGCAAUGACGAGCCCUCUGAUGCUGUGCCAUUUUCGACGCCGAUUAAAAGGAAACAGGCCCCUCUACCAGAAACCCCAAACAAAAGAGGUAGAAGCUCCCUAGCAGAAACUGUCAAUAUCACGCCCUCUAAGGCGCCACGUCUCGUUCAGCCGGUCGCAAGAUCAGCUGAAGAUGCGCUAAAACGAGGCCGUCUCAUAUUUCAAUCAGGACACACGGACUCGGACGAGUCUAGCGCCACAGAUAGUGAUUGCUCGCCUUGGUCAGAUGCAGGUUCCAUCAGUCCAUUGAGUGACAUAUCGUCGGUACCAUCUUCCUCGCCAGAGCUUGAGAAAUUAAGUUAUUUAGAUGCGUUUGCCACGAAGUCGAUACUGGAGAAAGAAACAAUGGAGCUUAACCGCAGGAUUUGUUCAUCAGUUGUCAAAACUAGGUGGAGGAGCAGCUUUGAGCCCUGCCAUCGUUACAAAAGCCCCAAAAGGCCUAUUCUGAGACCCAGAAAUAACUCACUGAACUUGUUGGUUAGGUCCUCGCGAGGUUCGUUGGAAGAUGCCACCAUCUAUGCUACGGAGAUUAACGCUAGCAUAACGGCUCACGCCAACGUGAAGAUGCCAAUGAUCAACAACGCUUAUGAGAGAAUGACGAUACCGGUGAAUUCGGCUAUCAAGAGGAAACAUAAACUUCUCAAGAAGGCCCUUCUGGGUGAUGACUACGAGAUUAAUGAAGCGGAUUUUGAUGUCCCCGACGCCGCACUGAUAGAAGGCUUUGAAAUCAAGGCCAUUGACGGUGGCGAGGAAAUGGGAAACGGAGUUAGGCAGAUCCAAUGGGCAGAUCGAUUAGCGGUCUAG